CCCAUCUCCUACAUCAUGCUCUAUUUCUCAGUGUUUGUGUGGAUGUGCCUCUGCUUCAUGAAUCUCCAGCUAAAUAUAGUCAGAGUGACGCUGGAGAGCUGCGUGAUGCCCGUCUAUAACCGGCUGAAGGCUGAGGAUGCAGCUGCAGAAGCGCUAACCGGAUCAACAAGUCAGCGAGUAAAUAUUAUGAUGGAUUUAUCCGAGUCUGGAGAUGCAGAUGACACAGAAAAGACGGAUGGGAGCAUAAACACCGCAAAAGAUGAAGACAAAGAAACGCAUGACGAAGUCGUCCCUGUGCGGAAGGCGUCCUGGGAGCCCAGCGUGCUUUCCACCAUCGGAAAGGAAGUCCAUUAUUUCGCCGGUCAUGAGAUCAGCAUCUGGGAGUCUCUCGAUUCAUUUGGUUCUAUCAUCUGGCCAGCAGCUCUGGCUCUGUGUCGUUUCCUUGAGUCUAAACAAGCGACGGUUGACCUGGUUGACAAGGCCGUGUUAGAGAUCGGCGCCGGCACAGGUCUCGUUUCCAUCGUGGCCAGUCUGCUGGGUGCUUGGGUGACAGCGACUGAUUUGUCUGAAGUCCUCGGGAACCUGAGAUGCAACCUGUCCAGAAACACACGGGGCCGCUGUCGAUACACACCGCAGGUGGCAGAGCUCUCUUGGGGAUAUGAGCUCGACAAGACCUUCCCUCAUUCGGUCUACAGAUACGACUACAUAUUAGCAGCCGAUGUGGUCUAUCAUCACGACUUCCUGGAAGAAUUACUAGUCACCAUGCGGCACUUCUGCCAGCCGGGUACGACCCUCAUAUGGGCCAACAAGACCCGCUUCAACUCUGAUCUGGUGUUUGUGGAGAACUUCAAAAAGACGUUCAACACCACCCUGCUGGCAGACAACGGAGAGGUCAAGAUUUACGCCGCCACCACAAGAGAAGAAAGUAGACUACAGGCAUCAAAAGAGACUAAAGGGGAUGCGAGGAAAGGAGUGGACGAGGAUGAAACGGUCAGCUGUGAGACAGAGAAGAAUGAAGGAAAGAUUACAUGGACAGAGCAGAAGCUUGUAGAACAGGUUCAAGAAUAUGAAAAUAAAGACGAGCAGUUUGGAGAAGAGCAGGCUACGGGGGAUGCUGAUGUGGAAAAACUGGAGGAUGGAAAUCUGAACAGCUUCGAAGACAACGACAACACGAACCUUGAAACUGAACCUGAGGAUUGUGAAGAUGAAGACGACGACUGUGAGAUGGACUCGGCACUUCUUGAACAGAAAUCUGAAGGAAGCACAGAGAACGAUAAACAACAGGAGUACACAAGAUCCUGGGCACCAACUAUUUACUACAGACCUGGGAAAGAGGUUUACAAUUUUUUGGGCACGGAUAUUAAGAUUCAGGAGUCCAUCGAUUCUUACGGUGCUACUAUAUGGCCGGCGGCACUUGCACUUUGCAGAUUCUUGGAAACGCCGCAGGGCCGUCAACACAUUGAUUUACUCGACAAAUCAGUUCUUGAACUUGGAGCCGGAACCGGAUUGCUUUCGGUUGUCAUCACGUUAUUGGGUGCCAAACUAACGGCAACGGAUUUACCCGAGAUACUAAGUAAUCUGAGAUACAACCUCAACAGGAACACGAGAGGCCGGCGGAGACACGAGCCCCUGAUUGCUGAACUCUACUGGGGUCACAAGCUGGACGAGAUCUUUCCUAGAUCCACAUACCGGUAUGAUUACGUGUUGGCGACUGAUGUGGUCUAUCACCACGGGUUCUUGGCCGAGCUGCUGGUCACCAUGCGUCACUUCUGUCAGCCGGGAACUACUCUAGUCUGGGCGAACAAGGUCCGCUAUGGUUCCGAUCUGGGCUUCGUUGACAACUUUCUCAGAUACUUUGAAAUCAUACUCCUCGAAGAGUUGGAUGAUGUGAGGAUUUACAUAGCGACCAGCAAGACACCGGAGCAGGAAGGCGACCAGGAUCUAGAGUUGAACGAGGAAGAGGAGGACAAUUAUGAUGCUGGGGAGCAAAUCUCUACAAACCAAGCAGAAGAAGAGGAACUGGUGUGUGAUGAUACUGAAAGUCCAGAUGAGGCACAAGUAGACGAAGAACACCAGGAUUUGGGAAGACCCGAGGAGGAAGCUCUACCUGCCAAAGCAGAACCCCCGGAGCACAGAUCCUGGACUCCCGCCAUCUACUACAGUCUAGGCAAGGAGAUCUACUACUUUCUGGAUCAUGAAAUCAAAAUUCAAGAAGCCAUAGACUAUUACGGAGGUGUGGUAUGGCCAGCGGCAUUGGCCCUUUGCCGAUUCCUGGACACCCCAAUGGGGCAACAGCAGAUUAAUCUGAUCGAUAGAUCAACGCUGGAGCUUGGAGCAGGAACAGGCCUUGUCUCGAUAGUCGCCACACUUCUUGGUGCUAAACUGACAGCCACAGAUCUUCCAGAGAUCCUCGGGAAUCUGAGGUGUAACCUGAACCGGAAUACCAGGUGGCACCGGAGACACGAGCCUCAGGUUACAGCACUGCGGUGGGGCUACAAGCUGGACGAGAUGUUUCCCCGUUCCACGCAUUAUUAUGAUUACGUGCUGGCGGCCGAUACGGUCUAUCAUCACGACUGCCUCGCGGAGCUUCUUGAGACCAUGCUUCACUUCUGUCAAAAGGGGACAACUGUAAUCUUUGCAAACAAGGUCCGGUAUCAGACAGAUCUGGCUUUUCUUGAGAACUUUCAGAAAGCUUUUAACACCACAUUUCUGACAGAGCUGGGUGAGGUGAGGAUUUACUCAGCCACCCUGAGAAUCUGACGACGUGAACUUUAACUACACUGCUGGCUCAGGUAGAGAAGACAUUCGGCUCUGGAACAUGCUUGUUUGAGGAACCGCUGCAGACAAUUCACAUUGUUUUUUUUAAAUCAACGUUAAGUUACCUAGUCAAUGUAGUGAAUUAUCAGAUACGUUCAUUUGGUAUCCAAACACGGGACGAGACCUACAACAAAUAUUGUUACAAUAUUUGGAUCAGCCCAAUUCUAUUUUGCCAAUUUGUCAAUUCUUCAUAUAUACUGCAAAAACGAUCUUCUUCCUUAUUAGAAAAUAUCUACAAAUUCUGGAAUUAAGACGUCUUUACUUGAAAGGUAGAACUACUUAAGAUAGGUCUUGUUUUCUGAAAAACAAUAUUCAAAUUUUGAUAGUUCUUGCUUAAGACAAGUAAAAAUGAAUCUUUAGCCUCAUAUUUUACUCAAUGUUUUUACUAGUUUUAAGCAAAAACCAAAGAAUAUUUAAUAUUUUAAUCUGAAGUCAUAUUAAUAUAUUUUUUUAAUAUUUAUACUAGAAAACAAGACAAAUACUACAGCAGAAUAUAUUUUUUUUGCAGUGAACAAACUACGUUUAACUCCAAUCCAGAUUUCAAAACAGGAUCCCUUUUGUAUAUGGCCAACUAAAAUUAAUUUUUUUUUUUUAAUUUUUAGUAAACCAAUAGACUAUAUAUUUAUAUGGUUUCAUGUGAUAUUAAAGGAGAUCCAGUAUGAAGAGUCAAAUCAGAAUUCAGCUUGUCAUCUUUGAUAGAUUUGAUUUGGACUGAAUUGCAAAAUAAAAAAAACUAUGAACAUUAAACCCUCAAAAUAAGAUUUGAAAAAGAAAUCUGAAUCGUCUGCACUGAAAAUAAAACCAGGCUGAUUAUAGACAUAGACGCUUAUGAAAAAUGUAAUUUUGUGAACCUAGAUUAGAACAAGACUUAUAAAGUUUGUAACUCAAGCUUUGCACAGAUAUACAGUGAAUACUGUAGUUAUUCAUGAAACAAAUUCCAACAAAACAUCUUAAUCUUAAAAGAAUCUUAAAAAAAAAAAAAAAACACAUCCAAUUAUUAAAAGGUAAACAAUGAUGUUUAAACAGUUGAAUUUAUUUAAAACAAUGUGCUGUAACGAAAGAGUGGUGUUUGAGAAAUCAACAUUUCAGAUGAAAUACAUUUCUUCAUGAAAAUGAUUUAUUGUGCUAUGCACAUAACAACAGCUAAGACUAUGAUCUUACAAAUAUUGUUUAUUAUAUCGGAAAACAAUCUAAUGUGGAUCUAAAAAAGGUCAACUUUAAUAUUUACAACUUUUUUUUAACAUUUGUACUAAAAAGUAAACCGUGAUUCAGCAUGUUUGUCAGAAAGAUGGACAAAAUACGGUCAGUUCCAGAUCCUUUUAUUCAUCAAAUACAUUGACUGUGUUAACAAAAUAACCGGCUGUUACUUCUGAAACAAUGGAUAUAUAAAAUAACACCUACCUACUCUAUGCAUGAAUUAAAAGGACUUGAAAAUA